AGCCCGUUGCUUGCUUACACAGUGCUUGUUGAGAGCUGAGGAUUCAUAGUCGGCGACAGAGCAACUCGUCCUCUCGACCAUCAUGGCGCUCUCAGGAUGCUACAGAUGUCUCAAGUGUUUAAUGGUUGUGUUUAACAUCCUCUACUGGGCGCUCGGCCUCAGUGUCAUCGUCACGGCAAUCGUUCUCCUGAGGAAUGGGGACAAAUAUCUCAUCAAUCAAGGUGGAAGCGAUCAAGUUGUGCAGGAGUUCGUGGUCGCAGUGUAUGCACUCUUCGCAAUCGGAUCGUUUCUAGUGAUCCUUGGUUUUCUGGGAUGUUGCGGAGCGAUACGAGAGUCCUCUUGCAUGCUCUGCACUUUCUUCGUUCUCAUGCUCUGCACCAUAGUUGUCGAACUCGGUGGAGGUGCUCAGAUAUGGAGCCAAUCUGAACCGAUCAAGAACUCGAUCAAGAAACAGUUCUCAGCCGUUAUCCAGGAGGAGUAUUCCCCUACGGAUUCCGACAGCUUCGUCAACCAACGCAUCGACAAGUUCCAGAGGGACUUCCAGUGCUGUGGAAUCAUCGACCCCGACGACUGGGCCAGGUCGAAAUACAAUGGAUUCACAGGACCCCGAACUGGUUUGAGCAAUCUAGUCGGAGUUGUAUCCGAAAGCAUCGGUGCCUACAGGGUUCCAGCUUCUUGCUGUGUCAGCGAUAACCCCACCGUCUGCGAAGCCGCUCGCAGCAUCGAAGCCAUCGGAUCUGUCACUAACGGAGUCCACAGACAGGGAUGCCUCUCGGCUGUCUGGAACGGACUGAAAUUCUACGCGAGCUACGCCGGCGGACUCAUAGUCGUAGCCAUCGGCUUCGAAAUUAUUGGACUCGUUCUUGCGUUGCUUCUCUGCUUCGCUGCCAGGAGGGAUCUCAAGGACUAGGUGCGACCGUCUCAGGAAUCAGGCCUCUAAUCCAGGCAUUGAAGUCGUUUGUGACACCGCGUAGCCAAAAUAUGAUCUGCGGAUCGAUCUGCAUUGAUUGAUUGAUUGAUUCAUUGGUUGGUUGGAGGGUUGAUUGAUUGAUGCUUGGUUCAUUGAUUGAUCGAUCCAUCGAUCUACCUACCUAUCUAUGGACAAGAAUGAGUGUGGAAUGAGCCGCUGGUCGGCGCAAAUCGCAAAGUGAAUUCUCACUCCUGUCGAGGGGAAUGACUUCGGAACGACAGGAGCGAUUCCCACAGUUGGAUACUAAAUUGGAAUGAGCUGUUCGACGACAGACGACAAGCCAACUACAAAAGCAUUGAGAAGCGCACGGUCUCCCAUUCGACCGCGGUUAUAUUUUGGCUCCGAAAAGGAAUGGGAAACCCCCUCUCGAUGAGAGGAAGGUCUGCCGAUUCCUUAGUGCUCGAGAUUAGCCCUCCAAGCUUAAAGUACGCCGUCAUAACCGUCCGCGAGGUUCGCACACCUCACUUCAGACACAUCUUCCGAUUCGUGUACAUAUACAAAACCAUAACAUAUAGCUGCAGUUAGACGCCAACGAAAGAUAAGUCGAUGUGAACAUAUACAUUGUGAAUGGUCGAACGAACCCCUCUUCGAAAGGAUGGGGUAUAGCCAAAUGCUCCGAAGCAUCCAUAUUGGCAAAGUCGUUUUAGGUCACCGAAUAUCUUUCCGAAAGUCUAUCUAGCUUACAUUAUGCUCAGGCCGAAAGAUGCAGCCGGCAGCCGUUCAAUUCAAGCGCUAUCAUCGGCUAUUCCAAUUGUGACACCCCAGACUCGAAAAUCACUUGCGGUCCCCGUACUCGCUCUGAACGCUGCACGAUUCUGCUCUGGAGGCCCACGGUAGCCCCAUGUCAUAAUCACCUAGCGAUAUCUAGCCUCGGUACCAUUACACAAUUUGUGCCCAUAGACUUCUCUAAAUGCUGUUACCUAUUUAUCUGUUAACGGAAGGUGGAGUCGGUUGAAAGAACGCCGGUCACUGCCCAAAUGAUUGAAAUACGAAAAACAAAACCUAAUAGGAAAAAACGACAGAUCUAAAUCGAACAAACAUCAGUUCAAAAGCAUAGCGAUCCAAUAAGCCUAUGUGAAGCAAAUUCCAUCUCUUCCGACGUCACGAAGAAAAAUCCUCCUACAUCUCAUGCUCAUCGCUGGCUAUAUAUCCGUGUAAUAAGCAUCAAGUCGCUACGGGACCGAUUUAAUCAGCUUCAGAGUCUUUCGACGAUUUCAAUGUAAUUGAAAAUUGUCAGAAUCCAGGGAGUGAAAUCUCGGAUUCAUGAACUGAAACUUGCAUUUCUUCACGAGUGCAUGGACGAGAGGAAAUUCCAUGCACUGAACCACGUCGGAAUGUUUCUCGUAUACAUCGGAUUCUAAGUCGACAAUGAACAAAAAACGAUACCCGAUAAAGAGUAACUUAAAUGAAUAUUGAUGCUCCUCCAAGCCAUAUUGAAUUGAAAUAAACCCUACUAUGUAA